AUGCCUCUCCAAGUCCUACCCGCUACAGAAGUCGAUGCCUCCAGAGCAGCUGCCAUCGAGGCUGUCGCAUAUGGUCCAAGUCCCAUAGGCUCAGUUCUAUUUCCCAAGCCAAGAGUCCCAGGACCUAACACAAGAGCCUCGGAUCUCGUCGAAUUACUGCAGAAGAAUCCUGCUUGUCGAUGGGCCAAGGUCAUCGAUACUGACCUCAGUGAACAAGAGGACCAAGAUGAUAUGGUUGCCUUUUCCAUGUGGUACAUGUGGGAUACUCCUCCUUUAGAAGAACAGCACUCGUUUUCUUCUUUUCGAGGGCCAAGUUGUAAUGCAGAAGCAUGCGAACUCUUAUUUGGUGGCAUCAACAGUAUGCGGGUCAACUAUAUGAAGGGGAAACCAUACGCUUUCCUCAAGCUGCUGCACACUGAUCCGAAACAUCAACGACGUGGAGCAGCAUCUCUCUUGAUCGAGUGGGGUCUCAAAGAAGCCGACCGUCUCGGCAUCCCAGCAUGUCUCGAAUCUUCAGAAGAGGGACGGAAGCUUUAUGAGAGGUUUGGCUUUGAAGAAGUAGCUCGACAUACUAUCAACUUUUCACGUUGGGGUGGCCCAUCUGAGAUAACGAUUCCUCUGAUGGUCCGUCCCGUUGGAGGGCAAUCAGAGACUACCAAGUGA